CGCCACAUAUCUCACUACGCUCUUCGGGGCCAGAUCAUGGCAUAUUGCAAUAGCCUGAGAGCCCUGCUGGAGGAUUUCCCUACCAUCAGGGAUACCUUCUUCAUGGUGGGAAAACCACAAGAAAAGAAAGGGUUGAGGGACUCCACGGAGGGCCUCAAGGCUGACCCCAGGACGUUUCAGCCCCGGCCACGACGUUUGCUGUCUGCUGACGGGGAAGUCUUCCUCAAUUUAUGGUUCAUACCCCAUCCUUCUGAAGUGCUGGUUAUGUUUAAAACUCUGCCAGAAAAGGCAGCUUUCAGAGCCUUGAUGCUAACUCUACAGCUGAUAGCCCCUCUCCAUGACAUUGUGGCCUACCUUUUCAGUUUUGCUAAACUGGGAAAUUGUCCAGCAUGUUUUAAAUUUCCUCUAAGUCCUAACCCUUUGAGAGGUGACUGGGGAGGAACCGAGAGCAUUGGGUCUGAGCUUCAAGAGCUGCAGAAAAUGAUUGACAGCCUCCAGAGUCCCCAAGACCCUACCCAGGUGUCCCAGGCCCUCCUCCUCCGAAGGGAGGUGAUGUUUCUGCAGUUUGAUGCUGCAGUGAGGCACCUCAUCCGAAGAACAUUUUUGGCAACUGGAAAUGCUCCUGCCUACCAGGCUGUCACAGACGGCAUGUACCACGGUUUGCCACCACUGAGCAACUCUCUCGUGAAGAGCAUUUUUGCUUCACAGCUCGGCCUGCCCCAGCCACUGGAUCCACGGAGCCCCCAGGCAUUUACGCUGUUCCCUUGGAGAGCAUUUCUGGAAGAUGGAGGACCAUUUCCAGUUAUGAGUAGCAGCCCAGAUACGCUAGAAUAUAAUAUGCAGCUGUGCCUCUGCAGGCUGAGUGACCGUGACCUCAAGGUGGCUCAUGGAGAGCUGGUGGGCAUGCAACUGCUGAUGGAAGAUGUACUUCUGAGCAACUAUCACACGAUCAUGGAGGGUCCCUCAGGACAGCAAGCCACACUGGACAAAAAUACACAGCCAGAUUUGCCCAGAGUGCCAGGAUUCAGAAGUCACUUCCACAGCAGCCCAAAGGCCUCCGAGCUGCUGAGGGGCCCGUGCCAGGCAGUGAAGUCCCUUGCUUUGCUGAGAUCACUUUUGGUACUGUGGAAGCAGCUGGAAGUGCUAAAGGAGCACUGGGGCCAACUCAAGCUGCGAGGCCAGGACAUCAAUUCUGUCUCUCUCCACAAACAGUUCUCGGAGCUCUACGGAACUGACAUUCUCUACCCCAGCAUGAAAGCUAUAGCUAGGCGGAUGGGGAAAGAAGAUGAAUUUGAAGGACUUAUAAUAAGUAGUCAGACUAUUCUUCCCCCCAAAGGAGCUUCAGAAAUUGAAAUAAAAACUCAGCAGCUUCAGAAACUUCUGGAAAAUCUUGAAAUUCAUAUGAUCCAGGAGGUAUUAAGAAAAGUUAACAGAGAGAUAACACUGGUUGUAUCAGAAAAGUCCAAGGAGCAGAGUACUCUCCCUACAGACCUUUGGAAACACCAAGUCAUGAAAGAAAACUUUUCAGUUAUUAGACCACAAAUAGUUGAAAAAUUUAUACAGAGAUUAAUGGAAAAUUACCAGGAUGACGGACUAGAGAUCACUUUCAGGAAAGACCACCUUGAGGCCUGCCUCCUUUCCCUGGGUUGUGAUGUGAUGGCAAGAGAACGCAGCAACUUCGAGAGCUACUCCAUGUGUUAUGAGCAUGUGUUGGAGCAUGCUAGGCAGAAGCUCUUCCAGAAGGAGCAAGAAUUAGAGGUUUUACGAAGAGGGCAGAGUCCACCUGAAGACAAUGCUGGUCAGGUUGCAGAGCUCAGUCAUACUAUGAUCAUGGAAAUCACUGCUCUGAGAGCCCAACUCACGGAUUUGGAAGAGGAGAAUCUGAUUCUCAAAAAGCAGAUUAGAAAAGACGUCCAAGAAGAAUAUGAAGCCUUAGUCCAAGCUUUGUUUGUGAUAUGUUUACACAUCAAAGAAAAGCUGGAUGAGAAUCAGCUUAAUUUGAUCCAAAAAGUGUGUGAGCUCAUCGAUGAAGUAAGAACAGAAGGGAUUGACAAUCUGAAGGGCCUAAAGAAAAAAUGGGGCUCCGCCAGACCUAAUGAAGAAAUGAAAGAAAACCCAGCCAAAGAGCAGCUGUGGGCCUUGGAGCAGGACAACUGCAGCCUGGCCGCCCUGGUGUGCAAAGCGCGGAGCCUGGGCCAGUGGAGGCUGGCUGUGCAGCAGGCUCGUUUCCAGGGCCAGCUGAGCAGAGCCGAGAAGGAAGCUAUGCAAAGUAAAAAAGAGUGUUUGAGCAUCAAACUAAUGGCAGAACAAGAAGUGGUUUUAUUUCGUCAAGAGUUACUGGCUCUAAGGCAGGCCCUGGCCAGGGCUCAGGCUGACAACGUGAGGAUGUGCAGGCAGCAGGAUAACCAGGCUCAAUUGCUGGAAGAGUUAGAACACAGAGUGACGCAGGAAGCUUGCCACCGGCAGCAGCUGGAUUUCAUAAAAACCUCCAGCAUAGAGAAGCUCUUGGAAGACGUGGAACACAAAGAACAGCACCUGCAGCUCCUCACUGAGGAGGCAGAGAGGGCUUCCAAACUGGGCCAGCUCCAGCAGAGGAAAACUCGGAGGGAACUCCAACAGAUGAGACGCCGGCUUGCCCAGGAGCGCAGCGUGAAAAUGGACGCUUUCCAGCGUGUAGAAGAGCUACAAAGUCAGCUUAAUGACGCUGAGCAAUCGUCUGUCCAGAGGAGCUCCCCAGGUGGCCUUAUAUCCUGGGCUCAGUACUCCCUAAAUUCUGCUUCCACAUCAUCCAGAUACUCCCAGCAACACCUUUUAAAGACUAAUCUUAUGGGCAGUAAAAUAACAAGAAGGAUUCAAAGGCCAAAGACUGUACCUAUUAAACACAAAGAAAGGAUUCACCAUGUCUUCCUACCCAAUGUGGCAGAAAAUGUUCAACUUUCAGCUUUUUGAGUUCAAACGGCUCCAUCCAGAAUCCCCUUCAGACCUGAUUGGUAAUCAUGUUUCCUUUUUCCAAGUUUUAUUUCCA